GCCUCUUCCUGUUUCGUAUUGUUUGGAUUCACAGUGUGAAUUUGCUUUUGGCGAUUGACGCUGAGGCCAGUUUUAGGGUAAACUAAACAAACAGUUUGUAGCGGUCGGUUUGGUGGUACAAAUCAGAUCCGGAUUAAAAUGUCUCAGUGUUCCGAACCUGCAAUCAUUAGCUCUGGUGUGAAAGAAGACACAAAGAAGGAGAGGAAAGUGGCUAUCGUUACCGGCAUCACUGGGCAGGAUGGGUCAUACCUGGCUGAAUUUCUGCUCUCCAAAGGAUAUGAGGUUAAUGGUAUUUUGAGACGUUCCAGUUCCUUCAACACUGGACGAAUUGAACAUCUUUACCAGAACCCACGGACACAUACUGAAGGCAAUAUGAAGCUUCACUACGGUGACCUGACCGAUAGCACUUGUCUGGUUAAGAUCAUUAACCAGGUCAAACCUACAGAGAUCUACAACUUGGGUGCUCAGAGUCAUGUCAAGAUCUCCUUUGAAUUGGCUGAGUACACUGCUAAUGUGGAUGGUGUGGGAACGCUUCGUCUGUUGGAUGCUAUAAAGACGUGUGGCUUAACCAACAGCGUCAAGUUUUAUCAGGCCUCCACUAGCGAGUUGUACGGCAAAGUCCAGGAAAUCCCACAGUCGGAAACCACACCCUUUUACCCUCGUUCACCUUACGGUGCUGCUAAAUUGUAUGCCUACUGGAUUGUGGUAAACUUCAGAGAAGCCUACAACAUGUUUGCUGUCAACGGGAUCCUCUUUAACCACGAGAGCCCAAGGAGAGGGUCCAACUUUGUGACACGGAAGAUCAGCCGUUCUGUGGCAAAGAUUCACUUGGGCCAACUGGAGUGCUUCAGUCUGGGCAACCUGGAUUCUAAAAGGGAUUGGGGCCAUGCCCAAGACUAUGUGAAGGCUAUGUGGUUGAUGCUGCAACAGGAGAAGCCAGAUGAUUUAGUCAUAGCAACAGGGGAGGUCCACAGUGUGAGGGAGUUUGUGGAAGAAGCCUUCAAACAUGUGGGGAAGACCAUCGUGUGGGAUGGGAAGGAUGAACAGGAGGUGGGUUGUUGCCAAGACACAGGAGUUGUGCAUGUGAAGGUGGAUCCAAAGUAUUUCCGUCCAACUGAAGUGAUCACAAUGUCCUCUGCAAACAUCAUGGUCCACGGGGAUUCCAGUUUAACCUCAUCUGUCAGCCUGUCCAUCACCACUGCAAACGGGAAGUCCUCAGGGCUGAUACAUGAUGCAGUCCCUCCUCCACCUUAAACUCCUCUGUCAAACCUACAGCACACCUCAACACUGUUCUGCUGCCCUCAUAAAUGGCCAUUACUAGUCUUACAUGCUUCUCUGCCACUCCAGACUUCUGCAUGCAGUACCACAGUUCCUCUCUCAGUACUCUGUCAUAGGCUUUCUCUAGAUCCACUUUACAAUGUAGCUCCUUCUGACCUUCUCUGUACUUUUCCAUCAACAUCCUCAAGGCAAAUAAUGCAUGUGUGGUACUCUUUCUAGGCAUGAAACCAUACUGUUGCUCGCAAAUAAUCACAUCUGCCCUGAGUCUAGCCUCCACUACUCUUACCAUAACUUCAUUGUGUGGCUCAUCAAACUUUAUUCACUUCGUCUAGCGCCUUCCAGAAUGUCUCCCUCACCUCUAGGUUGUGUUACUUACGGCAACAGAUACUGAAAAAAAAUAAUGCACCUCAACUUGUGUCUUUUAUUUAACUAAGAUAACAGAUUUUGCCGUAUCAGGUUCCUCCAGGUUAUUUGAUUCGCCCACUCAAGUAUGUUUUUGUGAGAAUGUGCGGGCCACAGAGAGAACGAGAGGCUACUUUGAAAAUUCAUGUUUUUUCAAACUCUCUUUGGUGGUCUCAAACAUUUCUCACUGGGUCUUGAACCCGGCACAAAACACAACAGGGGAGAAAACAAGUAAGGGGUUGUUAGGAGGGGAAAUCAUGAGUUCUGGUCUUGGGGUUACGCCACCAGAGUCCCACAAUUCAUCAUGGUCUGGCACCGAAGGGGGGAGACUGUCUGGACAGAUUGGUGCUGGGAAUAUAUGAAGACACUAAAACUUCACCCAGCUGUUGGAGUCUCCUGUGUAUGGCUACCUGAUAGACACGCGCCAACAUUUGUUGUUCUU